AUGAGUAAUCGUGGUUUAACGAAGAAAGAGCUUGAGGAGUUAAGGAAGAAGGAGGAAGAGGAGGCAGCAGCUCAUGUAUUUAAAGAGUUUGUGGAGACAUUCCAAGAAGUUCCAAGCAGCACCUCUAAAGUCUGGGUAAAAGCUGGCACCUAUGAUGCCGGAGCAAGGAAGGAAGAUACAUCUGAAAGGGGUAAGCUAUAUAAACCUAUAUCAAGGCUUGAUGAUAAGAGAGGAAUUUCUGAAGCAGAGGUUGUUAGGAGUCUUGUUCUUAGACCAGAACCACCAGGUCGUCCUCGCAACAAAAAGGGAAAUGAGAAGAAAAAAAGUAACUUGGAACUUUUCAAAGAAGAACUUAGGCAAAUACAAGAAGAAAGAUCAGAACGCCACAAAUAUAAAAAUGUUCUUCGUGACCGAGGCAUAGCUGUUGCUGAACCUGUUGUUGAUAGUAUACCAGAUGUAGGCUCCUAUGAUACUGGAGAUCCUAAUACUACAAACUUAUAUUUAGGAAAUCUAAAUCCAAAGAUUACAGAGCAGCAGUUGAUGGAGAUAUUUGGUCGGUAUGGUCCACUUGCUAGUAUUAAAAUAAUGUGGCCUCGUUCUGAUGAGGAGAAGGCUCGGGGGAGAAAUUGUGGCUUUGUAGCGUUCAUGUCCAGGAAGGAUGGAGAAAGGGCGCUACGCAACAUUAAUGGCAAAGAGAUAAUGAACUACGAGAUGAAGCUGGGUUGGGGUAAGGCAGUACUAAUUCCGCCUGUGCCUAUUUACAUUCCGCCCGCCCUGCAUAAUCCCACUAAGCCUCCGCCGCCCUCGGGUCUGCCCUUCAACGCUCAGCCGCCCAAACACCUUGCUGAUAAGGUCCCACGCCUUCGUCCAGGGGAAUAUUUUCCAAGUGAUCCAGAAGAUAAGACAAUAUAUGAACAGAUUCUGUCACAGUCAAUAGUUAAAGUGGUUAUACCAACAGAAAGAAACAUUUUAAUGCUGAUUCAUCGAAUGAUUGAAUUCGUGAUUCGCGAGGGUCCGAUGUUUGAAGCAAUAAUUAUGAAUAAGGAGAUCAACAAUCCGUUCUUCACAUUUCUGUUUGAAAAUCAGUCUCCUGCGCACGUUUAUUAUCGUUGGAAGUUAUACUCUAUGCUCCAAGGGGACCCGCCCAAACAGUGGUCGCCUGAUGACUUUAGGAUGUUUCAAGGUGGUUCCGUGUGGCGUCCGCCAGUAAUGAAUCUCUACACAGCGGGAAUGCCAGACGAGCUGGUGGAUGAAGAAGAUCCCAAAGACAAUAUACGAGGGACUCUUUCCAAUAACCAACGCGAUCGUCUUGAAGACAUAAUCCGCCACCUAGCUCCAACUCGAAAUAGUAUAGGAGAGGCGAUGGCAUGGUGUCUAGAACACGCUGAAGCUGCUGGGGAAGUCGCUCAAUGCCUUCUGGAAUCCCUUUCGGGGGACGGCACGGCUCCGCAUAAGAGAAUAGCUCGUCUAUACUUGCUUUCCGAUAUUUUGCAUAAUGCAGGUGCUAAGCUCACGAAUGCUAGCGCUUUUAGGAAUGCUUUCCAACAACGCUUACCAGAAAUAAUGCGUCACUGCCACGUGGCGUGGGCUAAUAUGACGUCACGCAUUCAGCAGGAAGGCUUUCGCACCCGAGUCACGCGGAUAUUACAAGCCUGGGCCGAUUGGGCUGUUUACCCUACGGACUUGUUGAUACAUAUUAACGAUGUAUUUAUGGGACUUAGGAAGGGCGAAAGAGAACCGGUUGAAGCUAAAGAAGCAUCAGAUGGGGAAGAGGAAGGGUCUCCGAGGUCCACAGGCUCUGAAGGAUCGUGGAGUGAGAGUGGGGGAGGGCCACUAGAUGGCGCUGCCUUGAGGAGACUUGCCUCACAGCGAAUGCCUGCGCCUGCGGUUGAAGAUAUUGAUGGCGUGCCUGUGGAAGAAGACAUAGAUGGAGUGCCAUUAGAAGCAGAAGGCGCGGGCGCGGGCGCGGAGCGGCCUGCGGCAGGGUUCAUUCCCUCGAGAUGGGAAAGUGUUGAACCUGCGCAGGCGCACACUGAUGACGAGGAUCUUACACCUACCACGCCUACCGCGCAGAAUGAUAGUAUCGAAUCUCCACAAGCACGUACAGAAGAGCGUACCUUAAAGCGAGAAACGCUUCGAGAGAUAGAAGUGCGCGUGUUGAAGUACGCGGACGAGUUGGAGACCGGUGCACGCGCACGGCGUGCGGCACUUACGCCGCAACAGCAGAUACAGCAUUACAGGCGGAAACUUAUUAAGAAGGCAAUCAAAGAGGCGAAGGAAACGUCUCCUGGCGCGCUGUCUCCUGGCCCAGUGCGGGACGAAGACACUCACUCCACCAGUUCAAGGAAGUCAAAGAAGUCUCGGGACCCUUCACUAUCACCACCAAUACAUAAGCGAUCUAGAUAUUCAGACCGCAAAUCAAGAUCGCGUUCCCGAUCGCGCGAUCGCGAUAGAGAAGCUGAACGUUCGCGGGAAAGGGAACGAGAGCGAGAAAGGGAGAGGGAGAGAGAACGCGAGAGGGAAAGGGACAGAGAUAGGGAGCGGGACAGAAGACGCCGAUCGCCGGCCACGCCCCCUCAUCAUCGGAAGCACUCGAAACACGCAAAAUAUAAAUACUGA